GCUUUGCUUGAUCCAGCGCUAUUCCUCUGGGCUCACGCGACACUUGAAAAUCACCCGAAAAUACUUCACAGCUCAAUUCACAGUGGGAUAGUUUGCUGCUACUUACCCUUUAAUAUCGCGCAAAGCUGUCAACAUGCUGUCCCCGAAAGACGCUGCUAAUGAGGGAGACACUGGAAGGUCUAAUAUCAUUCCAAAAGUUUCCUCUGUGCCAGAAGUGGUUUCUUCUAGUGUUCCAGCGCUCCAACUAACCCCCGAAAAUCUCCACAUCCCUGCCAUUUCCGUUAAUUCCACUAAUCCUGAAACUGUUACUGUAACUCUACAAGCUGCCCCUGACGCUCGUACCACCGGCACUGGCCUCGCCUCUCUGGAUGCUCUCUCUAAGAUUCCAGAGGGGUUUGGUUACGACAACGCCUCCCCCACCCAAAGCAUUCGUCUUAAUAGAGGGUCCGGCGGUUCCGUCAACGUACACUACAAGACCGGUACCCCUUCGGGCGUUGAUCUCCUUGACCAUGGUGUAGGCAACUCUGAGCCUAAAUCCGUUCACAGAUCCGCAGGACCCACCACUAUCCCUCCUGUGGGACCAAAAAUCCCAGCUGGUACGACAAUUUCUCACUCUCAUAACCCUCCACGGAAUCCUGCUCGACCUCCAGGCAGCCCAACAAGCCCUAACAUGCCUUCCGGCUACCUUCCGCUCCAGAAAACCUUGUCGCAUAACAGCAUUGCCACCACCGGAAGCAAUAAUCCAACGUAUUUUGACCAUCGGCAGUUCCAGAACGGGUCGCAACGCAAGGCCAGACGUCCGAGUGGCUUGAAGUUCCAGCAGGGAGAGUACUCUCCACCUUAUGUUUCCCCUCUUCAGCAACGAACCAAGUCUGUCUCGGGUAAAAGACGUGUUCGAAGCCAGAGUAUGGCGUUCCAAGCCGAGGCCCCCGUGCCCCAAGGCUACACCCCAGGUAUCAGAAGUCAAAUGGCCUCUACCUACAUGGCGCCAGAAACUCUUCCCCUUACGGCACUGAACCUCCGGAAUUACGGCACUCAGCCACAAUUGACCAGACACCAGAGCAUGGCUGACCCAGCCCUCAACUUUGGGGUCUCAGACUACAACUAUUUCAACCGGCCGUACCAGGACGAAGAGUUUGAUCCGUUGGACGAUUUUUCUCCUGACUCGGUCGAGGAUGAGUUUACCUCCCAGCCUUCAUCCAGGAGAAUGUCCCAGGACUCCUCUAUCGACGAUGUGUUUGCUCCCCUUGAGGAUUACAACGGCAGCGACAUUGCUGCGCGCAAAGAGUGGCCAGACUUGUCGGUGUUGGAAGAUUUUUGCUUGGAAGAAAUGGAAGAGCUCAAAGAGAAGAUCCUCAACGAACGCGGGAACAUACGGCUGGUGCUGCCAAACGACUCGGGUCUGGAGCUGGGUGAUGAGUACCCCGACAAUGAAGAGCGGGUGAAUUUCAACUACCCGCUUGUGAGUAACGUUGAUACUCCGUUGCUCAACCCGAAACGGGUGAACGAGAUCGAAACUGGCCUGGGGCGCCUCAGACCAGUAAGGGCCGUUCCGUGGGCUGCCGCCAAGAAGGUGAGCGGAAAGGCACCUAAACCGGUACGUCCGCCUCUUUUAACGGGUCCUUCGAAUUACGAAAAGGACGAGUUUCGGUUUACGUACUUCCGCGAAGACCUUGAAGCAACCGUCCACCUGGCCACUCUCUCCGGUUUAUCUCUGGGAACCAUCACCUCCGGUAGACAGCCGUUGCGCGAACAGUUUGCAGAGCUUUUCCACUACAAGGUCUACACCCAAAAACCGACACCCGUCAAACGAGACAGCACGAGCACUCCCUUAACAAAGCGAGAUGCCUCGGCUAAAAGAGAUAGCACUCCGUUCAGGGGUGAACAAAUGGAUUCACCCAGGGAACUCAAAAUUAGUAGCUCUCCGCCUCCCGAGGGCAACCAUUUGCCCCAUGCGAUACCGCGAAACACCCCGUUGGAGUCACCAGCCCCCUCGGUGAUCGAGGACUACCUUAAGGACCCUAUUCCGUUCUGGUUGGAUGUCAUGGAUCCUACGGACGACGAGAUGAAAGCCAUAUCCAAGGCGUUCGGGAUCCAUCCGUUAACUAACGAGGAUAUUAUAUUGGGAGAACUGCGUGAAAAGGUGGAGUUGUUCAAGGACUACUACUUUAUCUGUUUCCGGUCGUGGGACAUCUUCCACGAGAAGCGUAAGACGCGUGCCAAGGAGUUGAAGAGAAAACAGAGACUUGAGUCUAUCCAGUCCAGUGAAGCUUCGGGGAUUGCCAUCAAGUUUCGCCGAAUAUUUGGGCUCCAGAGAAAGACCUCUGUGUAUUCGGACCCUGCAUUGGUUUCACAAGAUAGCACAAACCACAGAUUGAAGAAGAGAGACGAACUUGUGCCGAUGAACGUGUAUAUGGUGGUUUUCAGAGACGCAAUUUUGACGUUCCAUUACUCUGCCACCCCGCACACGGCCAACGUGAGAAAACGUAUUCGGUUGCUCAAGGAUUACAUGCAGCCGUCGUCAGAUUGGAUCAGUUUCUCGAUGUGUGAUGACAUUGUCGAUCAGUUCGCCCCCAUGGUGGAGAACAUCGAGGAUGAAGUGAACUACAUUGAGGACUACAUCUUAAAGAUGCAUGAUAUGGCUGAUAACAGCGACGAUGACUCGUCGUCUGACGACGAUGACGAAAAGCCUGAACUUCGUCGCAGAGGGUCUGUGGCGGACAAAAAGUCAAUCCGGUCUCAUUACUCCAAGGUUUCCGGCACCUCUUCGUCUUCUAACUCAUCGUCCUGGUCCCGCUCCGCGAAAUGGGAGGAGCAAUCGAUGAUGUUAAGACGGAUCGGGGUGUGUCGUAACAGAGUCUCGUCGGUGUUGCGUUUACUUGGGUCUAAGGCCGAUGUUGUGAAGGGGAUUGCUAAGAGACUUAAUGAGCACUGGGACUCGGGUCCAAGAUCCGAUAUUGGAAUGUAUCUUGGGGAUAUCCAGGAUCAUAUUGUCACCAUGGUGCAGUCGCUAAACCAUUACGAAAAUUUGUUGUCGCGUGCGCACUCAAACUUCUUAGCCCAAUGUAACAUCAACGAGGCCAAGGUGAGUAACAACAUGAACGAUACCUUGGGGCGGAUCAGUAUUGCAGCGACAGUGGUGGUUCCGUUGAAUAUCGUCACUGGUUUGUGGGGAAUGAACGUGGAGGUUCCUGGGCAGUUUUACGAGGGUGUCUGGUGCUUUAAUCUUAUUGUUUGUGGCAUGGUGAUAUUCUCGUAUCUCUCGUGGAGGUACAUGAAGAGAGUCACGGGUCUUUAAGUGCCGAUUUGCGGGCUUUAAACGGUGGUCAUUUCUCAAUUUCAUGCCAUCUUGUAAUAUGUACGUGUGAUAGAUAAUUUAAAUUUUAG